CACACUUAAAUCCCACACAAAUUUCACGUUCUAUUCCCCACGUCAACUUCAACAAGCAACACCACCACUCCCACCCCCACCCUACCCUGUUUUUCCCUUGUAUCUCUUUACUUCCCAACUGUCCAGAAAAAAGGAAAGCCAGCCCCCACCACCCACCACCGUCCACCCCACCCCAUCUCAACCUAGUACCGUAAAGACACCACAACUUUCAUUAUAUAUAGUGUAAAGCUGACGCUUUUCUAUCGUAUCAAGAAACUCUCAAUUCGUCGCAAAUUAUGGACUGUCCCGGAGAUUGGCCGGAGCCAAUAGUCCGUGUCCAAUCACUGUCAGAAAGCUGCAACGAUGCGAUUCCCGAGAGAUAUGUCAAACCCCCUGAGGCUAGGCCGUUGUUGGGGUCAACCCUUGACGCCAACAUACCCUUGAUCGACCUCGGAGGCCUACACGAUGAUAGCCUCCGAGAGGCAACAUUGGGGCACGUGUCGGAGGCGUGUCGUGAGUGGGGAUUCUUUAUGGUGGUGAACCACGGGAUCAGCGACGAGCUGCUGGACCGUGCUCGGGAGGUCUGGAGGCAAUUCUUUCACCAACCGAUGGAGGUGAAGCAGGCCUACGCCAACUCGCCUAAGACCUACGAAGGCUACGGCAGCCGGCUAGGGGUGGAGAAGGGCGCAGUUCUUGACUGGAGUGAUUACUACUAUCUUCACUACCUGCCUUGCAACUUGAGGGAUUUCAACAAGUGGCCUGCACUCCCCAAUCACCUCAGGGAAGUGAUUGCUGAAUAUUCCGCUGAAAUCGUGAGACUAGGUGGGGUCUUGCUGAAAAUCCUGUCGAUAAAUCUCGGGUUGAGUGAAAACUUCCUGCAAAAUGCGUUUGGCGGGUCGGAUAUCGGGGCUUGUUUGCGGGUUAAUUUCUACCCGAAAUGCCCGCAGCCGGACCUCACGUUGGGCCUCUCCUCGCAUUCGGAUCCGGGUGGCAUGACCUUUCUUCUGCCGGAUCAGCAUGUACCGGGACUCCAAGUCCGCCGUGGCGACGGGUGGAUCACGGUGAAGCCGGCGCCGCAUGCAUUGAUUGUGAAUAUCGGUGAUCAAAUCCAGGUCCUUGUUCUUCUCUCCCCUUCUAUUAUUAAUCAUUUUAUUAUUAUUAAUUAAUCGUAUCUUUCAUUUUAUGUGACUAGUUUUACACUUUAAUUAAUUAAUUUAAAUCAAUAAUUAACCAAAAAUAAAAUAGUUAGAUCAUGCAUAAUUGUCACUAACGAUGUACUUUUUAGGAAAAAUAUUUUUUUAAUCCCAUAAAAUAAGUGCAGAAUUUCUUUCAGUACCACAAUUAUGACAGGUGAUACUUUUAGUUUCAUAAAACUCAAACCAUAUCUUUUUAAUUUCAAAAAAUGUGAUUUGGGCCUUUUUAAUCCCAAAAGUAGAAUGCAUUUUUAAUCCCAACCAACUCCAUUUUAAUUCCGAGACCACAAUGCACGCGACUUUUUGGGACUAAAAAUACACGAUUAUGAAUUUUAUGGAACUAAAAGCGAUACCUACCAUAAUUGUAAUAUCAAAACAGAUUCUAUCCUUAUUUAAUGAGACUAAAAAGGUACCUUUUUUUUUUCCUAUUUUUCUAUAAUCAUGUAUAUAUAAUUCUAUACCCGAAUUAGUGUUUUUAUUUUAUUUUUACUUCAAUGGACUGAGAAUGUGUAUAAAACAGUUUCCUGAAAUAUACAUACAGGCAACGUGAAUUUUAUACAUAUAAGUCAGUAUAUGAAGUAAAAUAAAAAAAAUUAAGUAUCAAACGCAAUCUACCCUUGAUAAAAAUACCAAUAAAUAAAAAAAAAUUCUUGAUAAAAAAAUAAAAU